CAACUCUCCGUCAUCUAUCACACAGUUGAUAAUGGAGAGUUUAGCCCUCCAUUCCCUUUCUCUUGCCGUGAAACCCGCAACCUUUUUUCUUUCCACCGUCAAAACCACCUCAUUUUUACUCCCCGCUACCAAAGCCACCUUCCUCCCCCGUCGUCAUUCCCAUUCAAUUUCUCUUACCUCCACCCCAAACCCAUUUCCUCUCUCUCCAAACCCAAAAUCAAAACCAAUCCCUCUCAAACCCUUAAAUUCCGCCGCAACACCCGCUGCAAUCCCCGUCGAAAAACGACCUCCAAAAGGCGCUAAACCAAUCCCACUAAUCAUCUCAAUCUCAGUAGGCCUAAUCCUUCGUUUUGCAGUCCCCAAACCGCCCGAACUUACCCCCCAAUCAUGGCAACUCCUCGCCAUUUUUAUCUCCACCAUUUCAGGUCUAGUUCUCAGCCCACUUCCAGUCGGAGCUUGGGCAUUUCUGGGUGUUACCGCUUCAAUUGUAACCAAAACGUUGCCGUUUCCAACAGCGUUUGAUGCCUUCACUAAUGAAGUGAUUUGGUUGAUUGUGAUCUCAUUCUUUUUUGCUCGUGGGUUUGUGAAAACUGGGCUUGGUGAUCGGAUUGCUACUUAUUUUGUUAAGUGGUUAGGGAAAAGUACCUUGGGUUUGUCUUAUGGACUUACUUUUUCUGAAGCUCUUGUUGCUCCUGCUAUGCCUUCUACUACUGCUAGAGCUGGCGGUAUCUUUUUGCCUAUUAUUAAAUCGCUUUCUACUGCUUCUGGGAGUAUUCCGGGUGAUGAUUCUAGGAAGAAGCUUGGUUCCUAUCUUAUGCUGACACAAUUGCAGUCUGCCGGUAACUCUAGUGCUCUUUUCCUAACUGCUGCAGCUCAAAAUCUGCUGUGCCUCAAAUUAGCUGAGGAGCUCGGUGUAAAGAUUGCUUCUCCAUGGGUUUUCUGGCUCAAGACUGCUAGUCUACCAGCAGCUGUUGCACUCAUGCUUACUCCGCUGAUAAUGUACAAGCUCUAUCCCCCUCAGCUCAAAGAUACCCCAGAUGCCCCUGCUAUAGCUUCUGAAAAACUGAAGAAUAUGGGGCCUGUCACUAGAAAUGAAUGGGUGAUGGUUAGUACCAUGCUCCUGGCAGUCUCACUUUGGGUAUUUGGGGAGCGAAUUGGUGUUUCGAGUGUUGUUGCUGCCAUGCUUGGGCUAUCAGUGCUCUUGUUGUUAGGAGUAUUGGAUUGGAAUGAUUGUCUGAAUGAAAAGUCAGCUUGGGAUACUCUUGCCUGGUUUGCUGUGCUUGUGGGUAUGGCCGGCCAAUUGACAAACCUUGGUAUCGUAUCCUGGAUGUCUUGUAGUGUCGCCAACGGUUUGAAAUCAAUGAACUUGAAUUGGCCUGCUGCAUUUGGCAUUCUUCAAGCUGCUUACUUUUUUGUCCACUACCUAUUCGCUAGCCAGACCGGCCAUGUUGGAGCUCUGUACUCUGCCUUCUUGGCUAUGCAUAUAGCUUCUGGGGUUCCUGGAGUUUUAGCUGCAUUGGCCUUAGCUUACAAUACUAAUUUAUUUGGAGCACUUACACAUUACAGUAGUGGCCAAGCCGCAGUUUAUUAUGGAGCUGGUUAUGUAGACCUUCCUGAUGUAUUCAAAUAUGGUUUUAUCAUGGCGGCCAUCAACGCUACAAUCUGGACCGUUGUAGGAGGUUUUUGGUGGAAGAUAUUAGGCCUCUAUUGAUUUUGUAGUUUUGCUACAAAAUUUUUUCAUAGUUGUAUGAUUCCUCAAAUUAACAUAAUACAAAUAACAUUUGCUGGAAUUCCCAGCGACAUUCUUUUUCAAAAAGAUAAAACACAAACAAUUCUGAUAUACCGUUGAAUUUUCAAAAUUUUGUCAGUUCGGCAGUUGUAAUUGAAAAAUACUGCCUUUUAUUCGCUCAGCAUUGUUAUGUUUGCUUAUUUGGA